UCUCAUUAAAGUGGAUGUCACAGUCGAAACUGAAUGAGGACACACCUCAGUUAGGCUGGCAGAAGCUCUACUUCUCUCUCUACUGAUUCUGUAGUAGCGACUUAGGAAAGGACUAGCUCAGAAGUCAGUUUUAUUCCUGUACAUACUUGAAUUACGUUCAACUCAUGAAUCCAAAUCCCAACGGUGACAUUUGGUCUGGAAUUAAUAACGAAGUGGACGACAUGCAGCCUGGUGAGAGUGGAGAUUCCCUCAACAACAACCCAAACCCCGAAAACCCCCCAGACACUCAGGCUCCAGUAGCUCGGACACCGACACACUCUGAUGGAUACAGCAUCAUACCACCAAAUGAAUCAAGACGGAGCAAACUGCAGAGGAUGGCUAAGAAAGAGCUGGAUGAUCUGAAUAAAUGGAAGGAGGAACAUCGGCCUGGCCCCAUUCACCUGGCCCCAGAGAAGCUAGGUGGCGGUGUAUCCUUGGCAGAGGUCAGACAAAGACAGCAGGUGGAGGCCUGCCAAUCAAAACUCCAAAAGAAGCUCAAAAAAGAAGAAAUGGACAGAAUCAGAAAACAGGCAGAAGAAGAGGAGAAUCAGAAGAAGAAGGCCAUUCAAAGGGAGAAGGCCAAUAACCUAGAGUUGAGGAAAAGGCAGGAGGAUGAACGGAGAAAGGAGCUGUACCAACAUGAUCUACAAAUGAGAAGAGAAGAACACCUUCAAAAGCUUGAGAUGUUCAGCUCAGUUCCUAUGGCAGCGAGUAACUCCACACCAGCGUCAUCUUGGGCUCGAGGGCAUGAGUACAAGGAAGCCAGGAAGGCUGAGGAGCAGGAUGCACUGGAGCAGAUGAAAGAGCAGCAACGGAGAAAGAGUGAAAUUCUGGAGGAAAAACAAAAACAACAGGAGGAGGACAGGAAGAGCCGAAUGGAAAGUGAACAUCUGCGGGUGAACUUGGCCUUUCUAGACAGACUGGAGGCGAGAGGAUCAGGUAGAGUGUCUGAGUCCAAUUCCUGCAUCCCAGAGGGUGGUAACAUCUGGCAGAUGGAGGAACCACAGGACCCUGCCUCAUCCCCGGUGCCCUUCCCAUCACAGGUCCACACUGACAGCGCAAAGGAGGAGGAGGAGGAGGAGGAUACUGGCUAUGAAUGGACUGUUAUGAGGCUUCAAAGUAACUUCCCUUACUAUGAGCGAGAACUCCUGGAAGACAUUGUUUCCCAGUGUAAUGGCAAUUAUCAGCAAGCUUAUGAUCUUCUCAAUGUUUAAAUGAGAACAUCAUUGGUUCAACCCUAUGAACAAGGAGUAAAAGACAAAAAUAAUAUAACGCUGCAUUAGCCCUACAUGGGUGGGUUUCAGAGAAAGAUCAAAACAAUAAAUACAUGUUACAAUAAA